AUUUCAUCGCAUUUGCUAGUUGCUGUAGGAUAGAGAAAAACCAUUCAGUUCCCUGCCCGUCAUGAAUCUGCUAAUCUGGUUCUGCCUUCUCGGCUGCCUGGCCAGUGCAAAUGGUCACCUGGGCGCCAUACUGCAUCUCUUCGGACUUGGAGGCUCGGAAAACAGCAGCCAUAAUAAAACAGCUGAAGCAAAGCCGCCACCGAAGGCGAAAUUUACCGAUGGUCUGGAGGAUAUUAACGAGUCUUUACACGGCUUAUGGCAGCUAUUCAAAAAGGAUAUUUUCGGUUUAAGGGAUGACAGCCACGAGUCUACGACAUCAUCUUCCGAAAUAGAUCUUCUAACUUUGGAACCGGAAAGUACAGCUUCGACAACGGAAAGUACAACUUCGACAACGGAAAGUACAACUUCGACAACGGAAAGUACAACUUCGACAACCGAAGGAACAAGUUCUACAACCGAAGGUUCAACUUCGACAACCGAAGGUACAACCUCAACAACUGAAAGUACAACUUCGACAACCGAAGGAACAACUUCGACAACCGAAAGUACAACUUCGACAACCGAAGGAACAACUUCGACAACCGAAGGUUCAACUUCGACAACCGAAGGUACAACUUCAACAACCGAAAGUACAACUUCAACAACCGAAGGUACAACUUCAACAACCGAAGGAACAACUUCAACAACAACGGCAGCUACAACUUCGACAACGGAAGCUACAACUUCGACCACUGAAGAUUCAACAACAACUACUACGGAUUCAGGAACAGAAUGAAGAACCACAGAGGAAACUAGCACGACCAACAGUACUUCUGCCUCAUGAGGAGAAAUUCUGUCGCUUAACCUUCGCAUCGGAUAUUGCUCGUCAUUGUUUGCUUCUCGGCUGUUCUGUGUGGGGGUAUUUAAACAACGGGAACGCAAAUAUAACUACCAGUCAAAACAUCUCA